GAGAGAGCACCGAAAUGGCAGAGAAUCAGGAACUGUUCUGUUGCUCCAUCUGUCUGGAUCUACUGAAGGAUCCGGUGACUACUGCCUGUGGACACAGCUACUGUAUGGGCUGUAUUAAAGAAAGCUGGGAUCAGGAUGAUCUGAAAGGGGUCUAUAGCUGUCCUCAGUGCAGAGAGACCUUCACUCCAAGGCCUAAUCUGAGGAAAAAUAACAUGUUGGCUGAGUUGAUGGAGAAACUGAAGAAGACAGGACUCCAGGCUGCUCCCCCUCCUGCUCUGUGCUAUGCUGGACCUGGAGAUGUGGCGUGUGAUUUCUGCACUGGGACCAGAAAGCAGAAAGCCCUCAUGUCCUGUCUGGCGUGUCUGGCCUCUUACUGUGAGACUCACCUCCAACCUCACUAUGAAUUUCCUGCUUUGAAGAAGCACAAGCUGGUCAAAGCCACCGCACAACUACAGGAGAAGAUCUGCUCUCAUCAUGACAAACUGCUGGAGGUUUACUGUCGUACCGAUCAGCAGUGUAUCUGUCUGCUGUGUACAAUGGAUGAACAUAAAGGCCAUGAUACAGUGUCAGCUGCAGCAGAGAGGACUGGGAAACAGAGGCAGCUUUGGAUGAGUCAGCAGAAGGUCCAGGAGAGAUUCCAGGAGAGAGAGAAGGAGCUGAAGGAGCUCCAACAGCAAAUCACACCACGGUACGACAGCACCAAGGGGUAUGAAUGGAAACGGAACGAGACCACUCCUUUUGAGCCAACCUAG